CUCACCACAACGAGCUGUUACCAGCAGUUCCGGCAGCAUUCCACAAAAUGGAGCUCGCAAGUACUGCGAUUGGCGUGGUCGGGUUAGCCGCCCUCUUUAGUACUUGCAUAGAGACAUUGGAUACACUUGCUGCGGCUGCAAGAUACAGCGUGGAUCGUGAGAUAUUACACACAAAGAUUGAAGUCGAACGGCUCCGACUCAUGAUCUGGGGGGAAUCUGCAGGAUUAACUGAUAUCGACCCCAGUAGACCAGAAGACGAGUCUGCCUAUGACCGCGAUUUUCUCGACGAGUCUCUCCGGGGUGCCGCCCUACGCUCAGCUGUUGCAGGGCUCUUGGCCUGCUUCUCAAAUUACUUCGAGGACAUCGAGCAGCUACGAAGUCGAUAUGGCCUCAGUACGCAAAGGCAAAAUCAAGAGAAGGAGAGCACGCCGGUGAUGACGGAAGCACCAACCCGACAGAUGCUUCUUACCACUUUUCAGAAAACCUACUCGCGUUUCCAGCAACGUACCGCAAAGGUCCAGGCAAGCACAUCGACUUUCAAAAAGGCCAAAUGGGCUGUUACAGAUGAACGGAAAUUUCGAAAUCUCAUUGCGGAGCUCAAGGCAGUCAACGACUCGCUGGAUUCGCUACUUCCAGCCAUCAGGGCUAAGACGCGAGUACAAAUGCGCACAGCCAUUAUGCGGAGCAAUGAUGUGGAUCAGCUGCAAAAUUUAGUCACUGCUGCUGAUGAGGCAACAGAUCUCAUAGCCGAGACAGCGAGCUUGAGACUUGAAAUGCUGUCAAUAUCGGGUCAAGCAGCCGCAAAGCCAGCUCCGAAGGUGGUUCAAGUCACAUCGUCGUCUACAGAGUCGACAAAGCGAGACUCAAAUAAUCCGUCUACACAAUCGGGGUCGUCGGGGUCAAGGUCUGUAGUGCAAAAUCUAAUUGCAGCAACUGUCGCAGAUCACCCGAGUCCUGUUUCUGUAUCUACGGCGCUAGCAGGGGAUCUCUAUGAUGACACCGGAGCAUUGGUUAUUCACAAAGCCUAUCGUAAAGCUGACAGUCUAGCAUGCUUCUCCUGGCUGGUUGGACUGCCGGCGGGUGAGACUGAAGAACUGGCAGAAGUUCAACCAGUCUCCGACAUCGUGUUCGAUUUACAAUAUAUCCCAGACCACAUCUCAGGCGUUGCAGAAAGUCUACUCGAGGUGGACGUCAUUGGCGACAGAAAGUAUGCCGGGUGGUCUCCUGGAUCAGUCUCCUUGAAUGGCUUUGCCAGAGAGGCCACUUUCUGGAAAAGAGCACCAGAACUGCAAAAGACAGCGACUCCACCCAGCUGGCAACGAAUAACCUCAAAACAAGUUUCCUCGGACUUUCUUGAUAAGAGAUGGAAGCAAGUGGUGCAAGAAGGGCUUGGAGGUGAUUUUACGGAGAAGAAGGGCUACGAGCAGGUGCGGGAGCUGAUAGGACCUAGCGACUACACAUGGCUUGAUCCGGAAGAAGGGUACAAGCUGCGACAUCAAAUCGCCGACCUGAUCGGGGCCUUGAACAACUCGAUAAUACCCAGCUUCGAAGAGCAUGGCAGUAUCGCACUCGUCGCAUUCUACGAGAAGAUUGUUCCAAAUUCGCCUUUUGGGCUCGUCGAUUUUAUGCGGCAGAUGCUCGUGGCUCGAGAGUUGACACUACGCAUCCAGCAAGCCAACCAACGGUGGUAUGGGGGAAUCACACGCAGAAUUAUCUAUGAUAUGAUAGCCGCUGAUCUGUGGGCACGACACAUGGAAAUCAAGCCCGCAGGUGGAGGCUAUGGAGUAUCCAAGACUGUAUCUCAACGCCAGAUGCAUGGCAUCAUCAGAUUCGUCGAUCAGAUGCACUGGCCCUACGCGGAUGAAAUCCGCAAAGCAGUGAAUCAUAUGCUCGAGGCAAAGCCCGAGGAAAUGAAAGUUGACGUGCAAAUACAUGACUGGAUAGGGGGACUAGUGUUCCCAGGGGCUCACUUCCCUCUUACUCUCGUUGGUGUUCUGUACAAACUAUCGCCAACGUUGCGACCCCACAUGCCGACCGAGAGCGUCAAGGUUCGCGAGGCAAACUUCGGUCUUGUCUAUCCCGAGGCCUCGUAUUGGAAUGUCCGCUCUGUACUAGGCAAGGUAUUGGCUCCACUGUCUGGGCUUCAGGCAACAGACCAUCCGAAGGUUCAUUGUUUAGGUGGCUGGGUUGGGCCCUGCCCUUCGCCCUCCCUCCCAGAAUGCAGACUUGGCCUUACCGUUUCUCUGUCAACUCGCCAACCUCCUUUCGCUCCCCCGGAAGUGGUAUCAGGCAUCGGUGACGCGGCUGGUACGACCUUGUCGAGCAUUGGUAGACAAGGUCAUGGCCGGGAGUGGAUACUACCGACGCCCCCCGAAGUAUCCCACGAUACAGUCGCACUUCAGACCGUUCGACUGUCAAAGGCACCCAAGGCUGACUUAAGCGCUAAAGAUGCGCUUUAUUAUACAGCGCGGAUUGACUUCCGACUGGGGCGCAGUCGUACCUUUGAUACUUUUACACUUUACACCAACAGCGUCUUUAUUGCCGUUCCACCGUGUCGAGGCAUACACAAGAUUGAUCCUCGUGCGGCAGGCCGUUACACGUUUGUGGUGAAAGGAAUCGAAGAACUAGCGCGCAUCUCUCACAAGGGUGAUCCAGCAACUGAUACGGCCAUCAUAGUAGUGAACGCUACCGGAGGACCUGCCAGCGAGGUCUUUGCGCGUGCAUGGUGCUGCCAAACGGGGACCAAUGCCGUCAUCUGGAGGAGGGAAGGAGACAAAUGCUGCUUCAAAUGUGCAUUAAUGGUCGCAUCCCCAGAUGGGGUAGGAACGGGGAUUUUGAUAAUUUUUUAAAGGAUGGAGCCAUAAAAGAAAUCGGUUGUUGAAUUGAUAAUGUACAUCUUUGCUAUUACAUGUUAGGCAGGCAAUCGCACAGCAUCUAUUUGCUUGUGUACCAAACUUCAACCAAGGUUACUGCUUCAAAGCAUCGUGUCCCCAAUUCUUGAGUGAACGAUAGCUCUUGCUGUCGGGGUUCUUUUUGGCAGUCUCCUCCUGGGCAAGAUGACGUUUGCAGUAAGAUACAACCUUACGCAUAUGAUCGAUUUCGGACUCGUCAUAGCCAGAGGGGUUGCGACUGGGGUUGUGCUCCAGGAUAUCUACUAUCUUCCGG